CUUGAAACUAGCGAACAACUGCAACGGUUUCCUCGUCGGAUGCCGCCCUUGGGCUUCGUGAUAGCUCCUUCAAGAUAGGUCGGAGGAUGAUGCCAUGCUUGUGCCAAGCAAGUGCCAACGUCUUCCCUCCAGCUCUGGAUUCCGCUCGGUAAGUCGAGAGUCGAGUCACGACUUGGCAUUGUGUCUUGUUGAGCUUCCAAGAAGUCCGCGGGCUAGGCGCCGUCUUGGUACCAGAGCUGGAUCACACCACGUUACCCAAUGAGCGGGAUACAAAUUGUCCACGCCCCCGGCAUGUUGUUUAUCAUGGCUCCUCAGUGCGUCGUGAUGAACACACCCCGAAACUCUUCAUUGUGCUUGGCCCAAGUCACAGCUCCCCCAGGUGCCCACCAUGAACUCAACGGAACAAGAGUUGCUGCAGAGAUCCUACAGUCUCGUGUUUCGCCAAGCGAUCGGAAUUUGUAGUGGCAAUGGACCAAGCACCUUUUAUAAGUAAAUCCUCCUUCAGCUGCUCAGUCUUCCUUCGAUCUCCCGUUUCCCGCGGCCUCCAAAUCUCCCCAUUCAAUUGACAACAUGGAGGAACAUGUUUCGGGACAAUCGAAUAAACCUCUACCCAAGCCGGCGCAUGCUCUCGACGGCAACGCUGUCGUUGAAGGGCUUGGCGGCAAUGCGCGGGAUGGAUUAACAAAAGAAGAAGCUCAGUCGAGAUUGAAUGAAUAUGGCAGGAAUGAGUUGGACGAAGGACCCGGUGUCCAGCCAUUCAAGAUCCUGUUGCGUCAGAUUGCAAAUGCCAUGAUGCUAGUGCUUAUCAUGGCCAUGGUAGUUUCAUUUGCCAUCAAAUCGUGGAUUGAAGGAGGUGUGAUCACGGGUGUCAUCGCCUUGAAUAUCGUCGUCGGGUUUUUCCAAGAGUACAAUGCGGAAAAGACCAUGGACUCUCUGCGUUCCCUGGCCUCUCCGACUGCAAAUGUGGUUCGUGGAGGACAAACGGUCAACAUUCCCACCGCAGAAUUGGUACCUGGUGAUUUGGUUGAGUUGAAACUUGGAGACACUGUUCCUGCGGAUGUCAGGCUCCUGGAAUCACUGAAUUUCGAGACUGAUGAGGCUCUCCUGACGGGAGAAUCCCUCCCAGUGGCAAAGGACGAAGAAGGCAUCUUUGAUCCCGAGACCGGACCUGGUGACAGACUCAACGUUGCUUACAGCUCGUCAACCGUGACCAAAGGCCGAGCCCGAGGUAUCGCGUUCGCCACGGGAAUGUACACGGAGAUUGGCUCCAUCGCAGCAUCUCUUCGCAAAGGACAAUCCAAGGUUCGACCGGUCAAGCGUCGCCCCGACGGCACCGUAAAUCCCAUCCGGUACGCAGAAUCCUGGGGAAUGACGUUCGCCGACGCUGUUGGCCGCUUCCUGGGCGUGAACGUCGGCACUCCGUUGCAACGAAAACUCUCACGACUCGCAUUGUUGCUGUUCGGCAUCGCUGUUGUGUGCGCCAUCAUUGUCCUUGCCUCGAAUUCAUGGUCCAACAAGUCGGAAGUCAUCAUCUACGCCGUUGCGACUGGCCUAUCAAUGAUUCCAGCCUCCCUCAUCGUCGUUCUCACCAUCACAAUGGCAGUCGGAACCAAGCGAAUGGUAAAACGUAACGUCAUCGUGCGAAAAAUGGAUGCCCUCGAAGCUCUCGGUGGAGUGACGGACAUCUGCUCCGACAAGACAGGUACCCUCACCCAGGGCAAGAUGGUUGCUCGAAAAGCUUGGUUACCCAGCCGAGGUGUAUACUCAAUCAGUACUUCGGACGAAGCAUUCAACCCAACGAAAGGCGAUUUGACUCAUCACUCGCAACCACCCGCUAGUACUGAUGAGGAAGGAGAUGCGCUUCAAUACAGCCAUGCUACAGAGAACCAUCGUGAACUGAGGGACUUCCUGCAGGUUGCUUCACUUGCCAAUCUAGCCCACGUGCAUCAAAACGACGAAGGCACCUGGCAAGCACGAGGAGAUCCGACGGAAAUCGCCCUUCAAGUAUUCGCCUCUCGAUUUGAUUACAACCGCUCCAAAUUUAUCGAUGGUCCUGAUGCCACCUACAAGCAGGUCAGCGAGUAUCCUUUCGACUCCGAUGUCAAGAAAAUGUCCGUCAUAUUCGAAAACCUCAAAACGAAAGAACAGAUGGUGUACACCAAAGGUGCCGUCGAGCGUGUUAUUGAUUCCUGCACCACCAUCAGAUGGUCUCUUGAUCAGGAAUCGGAUGUCGAGUUGGAUGACGAGAAGAAACAGCACAUUCUCGACAACAUGGAAGCGCUCGCUUCUCAGGGUCUUCGUGUUCUCGCACUUGCUAGCCGACCGUACGAUGUCAAAAAAGAACGCCGAGCAAGUCGUGAAGGACCACCUCCUCGGGAACAAGUCGAACAGGACCUUGUCUUCCGCGGUCUCAUCGGUCUAUACGAUCCACCACGACAAGAGUCCGCAGAAGCAGUCAAGCGAUGCCACCGAGCAGGUAUCAAAGUACACAUGCUGACAGGAGAUCACCCCGGCACUGCCCGAGCCAUCGCCAUCCAAGUUGGCAUCCUGCCUGAUAUGAACCAUGUCAGCGAGCCCGUGGCGAAGUCUAUGGUCAUGACUGCCUCUGAAUUCGACAAGCUCUCCGAUGAAAAACUGGACCAACUCCCCGUGCUCCCACUUGUCAUUGCCCGAUGUGCGCCAAACACCAAAGUCCGCAUGAUCGAAGCUCUCCGACGACGCAAAGCUUUCAUGGCUAUGACCGGCGACGGUGUCAACGACUCCCCCUCCCUGAAGAUUGCCGACGUCGGCAUAGCGAUGGGCAUGGCCGGGUCCGACGUGGCUAAAGACGCCUCCGACAUCGUUCUGACCGACGACAACUUCGCCUCGAUCCUCAACGCCAUCGAAGAAGGUCGCCGCAUGUUCGACAACAUCCAGAAAUUCGUCCUGCAUCUGCUCGCCGAGAACAUUGCACAGGCAUGCACGCUGCUCAUCGGUCUGGCGUUCAAAGACAGCACCGGUCUGUCCGUGUUUCCGCUUGCGCCCGUCGAAAUCCUGUGGGUCAUCAUGAUCACCUCCGGCAUGCCCGACAUGGGUCUCGGCAUGGAAGUCGCAUCGCCCGACAUCCUCUCGCGCCCGCCCCAGGACCUCAAGCGCGGCGUCUUCACCCUGGAAGUCAUGCUCGAUAUGAUCGCGUACGGACUCUGGAUGAGCGCGCUGUGUCUCUCGAGUUUCCUGCUCGUCGUGUACGGCUUUGGCGACGGCAAUCUCGGGUCUGGAUGCAACGACACCUACUCGGAGCAAUGUGACACGGUCUUCCGAGCCCGCGCCACCACAUUCGUGUCGCUCACAUGGUUCGCGCUGUUCCUGGCCUGGGAAAUGGUCGACAUGCGCCGCAGUUUCUUCCGCAUGCAGCCCGGCAGCAAGCGCUACUUUACCCAGUGGAUGGUCGACGUCUGGCGGAACCAGUUCCUCUUCUGGGCCAUCAUUGCGGGUUUCGUCACCAUCUUCCCCACCCUGUACAUUCCCGUCAUCAACCACGACGUCUUCAAACACACCGGCAUCUCAUGGGAAUGGGGCAUCGUCUUCGUCGAAGCCUUGUUGUUCUUCCUCGGCGCCGAGGCUUGGAAGUGGGCGAAGAGAGUCUACUUCCGCCGCAGGGCGGCCAAGUUGGGCCAACGACCCCAGGAUCUGGAGAAGAGGGCGUUUGGGAGUUUCAUUGAAAUUUCCGAUGAAGCAACCAGUGGUAGCGGUAGUGGCAGUGAGCAUGGCGAGAAGACUACGACCCGGGAGAAGAGGUGACGGACACGGGUCUGUGGGCCUGCUCUUUUGGAAACGAAAAAUACGAGUUCUGUAUAGGGGACAGGAAUAGAAAUGUGCGCGAAGAUGCAUAUGGCCCCGGCCGGUGGAGGGUGGAUCACUACGCUUUGCGGCUGUCUGAUCACUUGUAACGACUGUUGACGAAAGGCAAAUGAUACGAUCCGUCUUGCCAGUUUAGAACGAAUUGCUAGAAUUAUCUGCAAAGACAAA